AUGUGCUACGCCCUCCUCACAACCUGCCACCGCUGCACCUGGCUUCUGCACGUAACCUACCCGCGCUGCUCCCACGCCAAAGCCUACGCGCUCGACCCCUCCGCGUGCCCCCACCGCAUGCGGCGCCGCUACAAAGCCUUGGGCCUCUGCUCCGCCUGCAAACAUGACAACGCGCACACCACCACGACGCGCAAGUACGGGAGAAAGCAAAGCCUCAGCGUCACACCGUGCGAGGUGCGCAUCGCGUUUCGGGACACGGAGGUCGGGGCUGUGGAGGAGAGGGAUAGGGUUGGGGGCAUGGGGCAAGAGAUGGAAGCGAGGAGAGAGAGUUUGGAGAGGAAGCACAGCGCGAAGGGCCAGGAUAAGGGGCGCCGCAAGAUCAGGGCGCGGAAGGGCGUGGUGCAGAGCCGGUUGGGGAGUGUAGGAGGAGAGGAUAGCGACGGCGAUGCCUACGUCGAUUUCACCUCGCCGUCUGCAUCGGUCUCGUCGGCCAGCUCGGGCGCCUCCUCGCGAGGGUACGAAGCGUUGCUGCCCAGAAAACACAAAGCGGGUGGGAGGCCGGGCCCGAGAGCGCUGCCAAAAGCGAGGGGCCAGCCGAGGAGGCGGAAACGAAGUCCUGGGGUUCUGGAGAGGCUGCAGAUGGACGGCGAUGGUGGUGUGAAGAAGAAAGGGAGACCGCCAAAGGUUAAGAUGGUGUGGCCGGAUCGGAUCGACGCAGGGGAGUUUGAGCAGGUUGAAAGGGAGCGGAAGGCGAAUGAGCAGAAGCGGAGGGCUGGGGAGCGGCCGAUUGCAAAGGCGAGGAAGGUUGAGAAGCAGCCGAUGUUUGGCGCGGAGAUGAAGUCGCAUGAGAGGCCGAUUGCGACGAACCGCAAGCCAAGCCGUGACCAGAGACAGACCUACGUCAGCAAGGCGCCAGAGCUGGUAGACACGAGCAUGCCUUCGUAUACAGGCGACACAGAUGAAGUAGACGAUCUCGCACGCAUCAUCGCCCUCGAGGCCGCAAAGCGAGAGAAGAAGUGGCGUUGA